CCGGAGGAACAAAGUGUGGUCUUUUGCGAUGACCAACCACUUCAUUUAGUGGUUCGGGAAUCUUCGGCUAAGGAUAGUAUGUUCACGGCGUGGAUGGAGGCCAAUAAAAAGUACCCGGAAGCAAGACUUUUGACGUAUGCAGAAUUUCCUCAGAAGUUUGUUUGAAAAAAAACAAGAGAGUGGGCUCCUAGGAAACAAGCAUUCGCUAUUGGUAGACUUUACUAUGUUCAUCCUGGUAGCGGUGAAUCUUAUUACAUUAGGUGUCUUUUGAAUCACAUUCGUGGUGCAACGAGUCAUGAGGAUUUGAGGACAUUAAAUGGUGUCACUUAUGAGUCUUUUCGUGAUGCAUGUUAUGCGUUAGGAUUGCUUGACGAUGAUAGAGAAUUCAUCGAUGCUUUUAAUGAGGCAAGUCAAUUCUCAUCUGCCUAUUGUUUGAGGAUUCUUUUUGUAAUAUUGUUAUGGACAGACUCGAUGUCUCGACCGGAGUAUGUUUGGAAAAAUUGUUGGCCCUUCAUGGCUGAUGACAUACAAUACAUGCGAAGGCGAAUAUUGCAGCAUCCAGAGCUAAUUAUGUCAGAUGAACAAUUGGAGAGGUUGUGUUCGGAAGAAAUAGAGAGAUUAUUACAUAGUCAUGGAAAGAGUUUGCGCGAUUACCCUCCAAUGCCUACUGUAGCGCUUGAUUCAAUGCUUUCUUCUAAUGACAGACUUAUAUAUGAAGAAUUGCGUUAUGAUAUCUCCGCCAUGAGUGAGGAAGAUUAAACGUUGUUCAAAUCUCUUACGGAUGAGCAACUACGAGUAUAUGAGAUGAUAAUGCGGUCCGUUGAUGAAGAUAUUGGAGGUGUUAUUUUUGUGUAUGGAUACGGUGGUUCUGGAAAGACAUUUGUAUGGAAGACUCUUUCUGCUGCCAUUAGGUCUAAAGGUGAGAUUGUUUUGAAUGUUGCAUCGAGUGGUAUCGCAUCUCUUCUCUUGCCAGGUGGACGUACGACUCACUCUCGAUUUGCAAUACCAAUAAGUCUUAAUGAAGAUUCCACAUGUAAUAUUAAACAGGGAAGUCCGUUGGUCAAGCUUAUUGUACGAUGUGAGUUGAUAAUAUGGGACGAGGCCCCAAUGUUACACAAGUUUUGUUUUGAGGCAUUGGACCGCAGUAUGAGGGACAUAAUGCAAAUGCAUAAACCGAAUAGCGGGGCUCUUCCUUAUGGUGGGAAAACGGUGGUAUUUGGUGGGGAUUUCUGCCAGGUGUUGCCGGUGAUACCUCAUGGAAGUAGACAAGAUGUAGUCAACGCCACGAUUAAUUCAUCAUAUUUGUGGUCGGAAUGCACAGUUCUUCGUUUGACCAAAAAUAUGCGCCUGCAGAACAUGACUAAUCCUGUAGACUCUUACGAUUUAAAGGGUUUUUCUAAUUGGAUUGCAAACAUUGGUGACGGGGUCUUUGGUGAAAGUAAUGAUGGUCAUGUUCAAAUCACUAUCCCUGAAGAUCUUUUGAUACGCACAAGGGGAGAUCCUAUAGUUGCAAUUGUUGAAAACAUAUUUCCAGAAUAUGUUAAAUCUGCAAGUGAUAUUAGUUGUUUGCGGGACCGUGCCAUUUUGGCACCUACUCUCGCAGUGGUUGAAGCCGUUAAUGAAUAUAUGACAGAUCUUAAUGUUGGUGAAGUUUCAAGGACUUAUCUAAGUUCUGACAGUGUUUCGUCGGUUGAUUCGACGUCCGAUCUAAUGGCAGAACUUCACACACCGGAGUUCCUGAAUAGUAUUAAAUUAUCCGGUGUUCCGAAUCAUGAGUUAACGUUGAAAGUAGGGACCCCGGUGAUGCUUUUGCGAAAUAUAGAUUAUUCAAUGGGGUUGUGUAAUGGGACUCGGCUUAUUCUAACGAGGCUUGGUGAUCAUGUUUUGGAAGGUAAGAUUUUAACUGGUGUAAAUGCUGGACAAAAAGUAUUAAUCCCUAGAUUGUCCUUGACCCCAUCUGAUCCCAACUUGCCUUGCAAAUUCCAAAGGCGACAGUUUCCUGUGAUGGCUUCAUAUGGUAUGACAAUAAAUAAAAG